AUGACCAUGCCAAUCAUCUCGGAUCUCGAUAAGCAGGAGCUGCAGAUCAUCGGUUGUCUGGAGCGAGAAUCAGCUGAUGCUUUGACAUACAUCGGCUUCUCUGAAAAGACUGCCCAAGAGAUCUGGGAGAACUACAAGGAUGCUCCUUUUGACUCGCCAUACGAUCUCAUGGGAUAUAUAGAGGGACAUAUAGAGGGCUGUGGCACCGAGGGACUCAAAGAUAGAGAUGCAUUGACUGAGAUGGGCUUGUCUACGGACUUCCAGGACCGCCUCCUCGACCCUAACUGUUUCGACAUCCUGCGGACUAGGGAGCUCAAGGAAUGGGUGCUUGAGUUUUUGGAAUGCAACCUCAUCAUGAUCCCCGUCUUGCUGGAGCGCUCCAAAAGUUGGGCAGGGCGCUCUAGGCGAGCUAGCAUGGAAAAUACUCUCGAUGACUUCUAUCUACCAUCUGCACAAGUCACAAUUAUCGAGUCCCGGCCUGCCCUAAAGAUGGGCCACACUAUGCUUUACAAGGCUAUUCCAGGAUUGAGGUGCAAGAAUUGGAUCGAGACUGACGGAUCGAUCAAUGUGGCUAAGCUGAUCACCCACGGCGGUGGAGAUUUCAACCGGAUUAACCCGGCCUUCUACUGGACGCAGGAGUUGGCCACCGCCGAAAAAUACCGCUUCUGGCAGCAAUCAAAUAUCCGAAACGGCGACAUCUGGAUCAUUUCAAUCCAGGUCCCCACGCAAUGGAUCAAGGAUACCUUCAAGUAUACCUCUCUCGAGUUCAGCAAUCCUUGGAAGCAAUACGUGUGGCACUGCAAGAGUCAACGAAAGCCACGUCCUGAGGAUAUGCAACAUGCCGAUGCCGACUGGAUCCACGGGCACAUCUGCACCGGCAGAACUGAGAGAGUUACGGAUAUUGCCAAAGCUGACAUUGAGACGGUGAUGACGGAUGAGUUUCUUCUCAUGAACAAGGAUGUCAGAGCUACGCAGGAUUGUAUCAUGAAUGUGCGAACGAUGGAGGAGGUGUUCAGAAAGGCUGGUCAACCUCAUGUCGAUGUGGCAGUGGCGGUCCCUCCAAAGGGUGCAGUGAGCAACAAGGGCAAGGCUGCGAAGAAGUAG